AUGCAAACGUCCUGUUUGACUGACAAAUGCUUGCCUCCGUGUUUGCAGCUCAAAUCAGACGCUGUAGGCGAAGACAAGAGAAGGAUGUUCGACCCUGCAGUACUGCUGCUUCUGCUGCUGGGGGCGAUAGAGCUACGAUCAUCAGAGGCAGAAAUCAGCAGCGGUUUGAAUUUCCUUGUGGUUUUUCCAGAGAAUGUGGCCUACUUUUACCCCGAAGGCCCUCAGAACCAGGUACAAGUGACUGCUCUGUACCACGACACCCACGUCACUGUGAGGACAUCCACCCAAGUUCAGUUUCGGACUAUGAGCGCCGCUGAGACUCAGCACUUCUUCUUCUACCAUGAAGACGAGCUGGAUAAAAAGGAAGUGUCUCACAGAUUGGUCCAGGUGAGCAGCAGCAGGGAGAUCACGGUGCACGCCCUGAGCGCCAAAGCUGACAGCAUCCAGAGUGCUCUGGUUCUACCCACAGACCGACUGGGCACGGAGUACCUCAUCCCGCCCAUACCCAAAAUCCAAGGCACCACUGAUCCAGCCGCCAUGGUCAGCCCCUAUGUGACCGAGCGAGGCCCCUUCAGGCUUAUUGUUGUCAACGCAGACAAACAAAACAAGGUCAUACUUGAAGGUGACGUCAGCAGAGAGACAGAGCUGGAGCCGUUUUAUGUCACCUGGUUUUGGCUGAUAGCCGAUGACGCCUGGAGGGUCCUGAGGGCUCACCACCCAGCGGUUGUGCUGUUCGGUCACACCUGCGCCAUGACGAACGAUUGUAGCUGCUCCAUGCUCUUCGCCACCCUCCCGCCGGCAGCACAGCGCAAGAUGACCUUCCUCAUCCCAACGGCGUUCUCCCAGAAUCAAACCUCCCUGCUUCUGUCCCAGGAAGAAAUGUCCACAGUGGAGGACUUGGCUCCGGAUGCCCCUCUGGUGGAGAUCAAUGGAAGCGUCAUCCUCUACCUGCCUGGCAUGCUCCUCCCAAUCAUCCCGGAGGCUGACUUUGCCUCCUGCUAUGUCGUCAACACCAUUCCUGGCCUGCAGGAUUCUGCAGUAAUCGUGGUCCAAAAGGACUUUACUGAUGGGGUCCACGUUGGCGGAUCGACCCCAGAGAAUCCCUCAUGGGAGCAACUGAAAGGGACGGAUCACGUCUCUACCGUUGUGAAGCUGACGUCAGACACUGCUAUUUGGCACAGUUCCCACAAAAUGGCCGUCUACUACUUGGGAGAGAAGGGUGAUGCUCUGUUUGGGAACCCGGCACCUGCCAUCAGCCAGACCUCAGAUCACAGAGGCUGCGUCCUGUCACCUGACAUUCUGGAAGUUGGCCAAGAAGCGGUCGGCUGGCAGGAGUCGGUUAAGUACUGCCGAGACAAGAACCUGCAGCUGGUCAGCUUGUCCACGUUGUCACUGCAGAACUACAUCUACACUAAAGUCCAGCAGGUACAAGAUGGCAGCCUGACGCGGGCGUGGAUUGGUUUGCGACGCAGCUCGCUGACUGGACAGUGGUACUGGCUCAACAAGGCACCAGUCACCGACACCAAUUGGAAGGGGGCAGAGCCCAACAACGCACAGGGUGGCCAGUGUGGGACCAUGAGCCUAGAACCGGGUCAGGACUUUAGCUGGAUUGAGGAAGACUGUUGUAAACCAAUCCGUCCCAUCUGCUACCGCGGCCCGGUUCUCUUCCCUGUGCAGUAGACCUCAUUCUAACUUGUGCUGUUAUGCUCACAUUAAUAUCAAUAUGGUAGUGAUAGGAGUGUGUGUAUGUGUGUGUCUAAAAAUGAAAUUAGAAUUUAAAGUCAGGUAAAAUCUUUAUUGGACUUUGUCAAAGCGUGUGAGGUUUGGGGUUUCCACUUUUUACUUCCACCAGAACACUCUGGUCCGCAUUAGCCACAUCCCAAUCCCCAUCAGCAAGAUGGCCUUUGACCCCAGAGACAGAAACAGCAGCAGUAAGAGAGGGGAUGGUACCCCAGCCUCAGAUGGGAGGAUCUGGGGGGGCAGCACGUAGAGUGUAGCCUUGUCUUUUCCCAGCGGGUUGGAGGCGCUGCAGGUGAUCUGCUGUCCGGGUUCUAUGCCUGGCAGCUGGCUGAUGGUGAGGUAGCUGGUGGUGUCGCCCUGAUUCAUGGCUGUAGACCCUUCCAGAAGGCGGUCCAGGCUGAGCCAUUGGACAUCAGGCAGUGGUGAGCCCUGGACGGAGCACA